CUAAAAAGGAAGGAAAGGAGGAAGGGACCAGACUCAGGCCGCCGCGCGUCGGGAAAGCGCGUUUUCGUUUCCGCGGCCGGCGCGUCGUGGCCCUGCCCGGCCGCCGUAGCCGGCCUCGCGCGGCCUCAGUCGCUGGGAGAAGCCGCGGUCGGCGGGACUUCCGUGUUGGCGGGAUUCUGAACGCUGCCAUGGCUCAGACCGUGCAGAACGUUACAUUGUCGCUCACUCUGCCCAUCACGUGUCACAUCUGCUUGGGGAAGGUACGCCAACCUGUCAUAUGCAUCAACAACCAUGUGUUUUGUUCGGUUUGUAUCGACUUGUGGUUGAAGAAUAAUAGCCAAUGUCCAGCCUGCAGAGUCCCCAUCACUCCUGAAAAUCCUUGCAAAGAAAUUAUUGGAGGAACAAGUGAAAGUGAACCUAUGCUAAGCCAUACAGUCAGGAAGCAUCUUCGGAAAACCAGACUUGAAUUACUCCACAAAGAAUAUGAGGAUGAAAUAGAUUGUCUGCAGAAAGAGGUAGACGAGCUUAAGAGUAAAAACCUCAGCUUGGAAUCACAGAUCAAGACUAUUCUGGAUCCUUUAACCUUGAUGCAGGGCAACCAGAAUGAAGAUAAACUUCCAGUUGCAGAUAAUCCAAGUAAAAUUGACCCAGAAACUGUAGCAGAGUGGAAGAAAAGGCUUAGAACAGCUAAUGAAAUCUAUGAAAAAGUGAAAGAUGAUGUGGAUAAGCUCAAAGAGGCAAAUAAAAAAUUGAAAUUGGAAAAUGGUGGCCUGGUGAGGGAGAAUUUGCGACUGAAAGCUGAAGUUGAUAACAGAUCACCUCAGAAGUUUGGAAGGUUUACAGUAGCUGCUCUGCAGUCCAAAGUAGAGCAGUAUGAACGUGAAACCAAUCGUCUCAAGAAAGCGCUGGAACGAAGCGAUAAAUAUAUAGAGGAACUGGAGUCUCAAAUUACACAGCUGAAGAAUUCAAGUGCCGAGAAGGAAGUGAUGAAUGCCGUUUGUCAGAGAGCACUUUCUACAGACGGCAAGGGGAGCAAAGGCACCGAGGAGGAUAUGGCAUCCAAGAACCAAGGUGAUGGUGCCAGAAAGCAACUUGGCUCAGCCACCUCGAGUUCUCACCUGGCAAAACCUUCUAGCAGUUCUGUCAGGCAGGAAGGCACCAGCAAAACAGAACUAAAUUGUUCUAAGAACCAAGACCUGUAUCAGAAGCGAGUGGAAACAAUGCUCACUGUGACAGAUACAAGUAUGGAUACCUAUCUGGAAAGAGAAUGGGGAAAUAAGCCAAGUGACUGCAUGCCCUACAAAGAUGAAGAACUCUACGAUCUUCCAGCUUCCUGUGCUCCUUUGUCCCUUAGCUGUCUUCAGCUCAAUACGCCAGAUAAUAGAGAGAGCUCUGUAGUCAAAGCAGGAGGUUCUAAAAAGCAGUCAAACCAUCUCAGAAAAUUGAUGUUUGAUGAUUUCUGUGAUUCUCCAAAUGUGUGUAAUAAAGAUUCUUCAGAAGAUGAUAGAAGUGAGAGUGAAAAGAAAUCAGAGUGUUUUACUUCCCCGAAGACAGGGUUUUGGGAUUGUUGUUCCACAAGCUAUGCCCCCAGCUUGGACUUUGAAAGCUCAGAGGAGAACACAAUAGCAAAUUGUGUUGGAGUAAUUUCUUCAAAAUUGAGUGAGAAACCAGGUUCAUGUUUAUCCAAGAGGUUGAAUUCUCUCCGCUCUUUUGAAAUGAAUCGGACAAGAACAUCCAGUGAAGCAUCAAUGGAUGCAGCUUACCUUGACAAAAUCUCGGAGCUGGAUUCGAUGAUGUCAGAGUCAGACAACAGCAAGAGCCCCUGUAAUAACGGUUUUAAGUCGCUGGACUUGGAUGGGUUAUCAAAGUCAUCUCAGUGCAGUGAAUUCCUUGAGGAAACAGAUAAGUUGGAAGAAAGAACUAAACCAAACCUUUCUAAAGGUUCUCUAACUACUGAUCAGUUGGAAAAUGGAAAUGAAUGGAAACCCAAUUCUUUUUUUCUCCUCUCUCCAUCUGACCAAGAAAUGAAUGAAGAUUUUUCACUCCAUUCCAGUUCGAACCCAGGAACCAAUGAAAUCAAACCACCAAGUUGUUUGUUUCAGACUGAGUUUUCCCAGGGUGUUUUGUUAAGCAGUACAAACCGGCUAUUUGAAGAUCAAAGGUUUGGGUCAUCUUUGUUUAAGAUGUCCUCAGAGAUGCCUGGUCUUCAUAACCACCUUCAGUCUCCUUGGUCUACUUCUUUUGUGCCUGAAAAAAGGAAUAAAAAUGUGAAUCAAUCAGCAAAAAGAAAAAUCCAGAGCAGCCUUUCUAAUGCCAGCCCAUCAAAAGCAACUAAAAGUUGACAAAUUAGAAAGAUGUCAUUUAUGUUUUUGUCCUGAGAGGAAUAUAAGGUUUUAAAGUUACUUUUCUUCCCCCUCAUAAAAGCUCUGUACAAUUUUGAAUUGAUAAUCUUUAGUCAGGUGUCAAGUCAGAAUGGUGGAUUAGCCUGUACCCUGGAUACUUUUGUUCAUUUUGAGGAGUUUAGUCUUUCAUUUUCAUUUAGGGAUUUUUUUGACCAGAGAAGUUAGGGAGAGGGUUCCUUUUGUGUCUGGUUUGGGUAUAUUUUGUUUUCUUGAAUCUUGAUUCAUCUAUUCGGAUACAAUGACCUAUUAGUAAGCCUCAGUUGUCUUCAGAAUUUGGAUUUCUUAAAUAAAAGCUUUGGUGCAGUCUAAAUACUGUUCAUAAGACACUUUUCUUUAAAGCUUCCUAGGGUGGAAAUUAUUUUUCCUGCCCCUUUUUAUUUAUGUUUAGUGAUAGUCUAACUUUUAUUCACUGAGAAGGCGAUGGCACCCCUGUUCAAGGCCACGAUGGAGAAACAGCACUCAAACCUUAGUCCAGUACUCACUGAUUUUUUUUUUUAGGUUUUACAUAAAUGUUUGCAUUGUUAACAAUAUGUUUUGUCCAGUUUUUGUGAAAAUGUGUUGCUAGUAAGAGAGAAUGCAUUUUCUGUAUGAAAAUAUUUGUUUUAUGUCUGGUAGCUUUCAUUCUUUUAUCUUUUUGUGUGUGUUGAAAGUCAGAAAUUUGCCUACUUUAGCAAGAAGUUAGGGAACAGUUGGGUUUGGAGAAGAUUAAACAUGGUAGCUUUUCAUUAUUUCAGAUACACAGGUGCAAAAGCACUCAUUGCCAAGUUCUUGAUCCGCUUAUGUCCCAGGGGAGCUUUCUUUGGCGUGGUAAAGUUCUUGUUUGCAUGUUACUGUUCUUUAUGGAAACUCUGUAUGCAUGGUAGCAGUCUUGCUUGCACUGUUUUACUUACUUAAGAAAAAGAAGUUUCAGUUGGCUAAAAGAUUAUCUUUUAUGUAGGACAGAAAAAAGAUGGUUUUUCAUGAAGAGUGUUGAGAGGAGGGUGAGAAUAGGUGAGCUAAGCACAAUUUUUAAUUUAGGUUCUUAAAAGGUAUAUUCUAAACAUGUUUGGUAUGCCCGGAUAGGCCUUUAAAAAUGGUUUGUAUGUUAAUGACUUGUUUAUCUAAUGUGCACUGAACAUUUUACAUUAAUACUGUACUGUUUUACAUUAAUACUGCAUGCUUUUCUAUGUGAACUGAAUAAAGGAUGUCAUAAACACUGUAA